GUUGUUCGAAUCGCGUGGUUGAUGGUCGAUGGUGAAUUCGUCCGGCUUCGGUUUUCGCCGGGUCCGCUGAAGCUACGAAUGUACGAGUCUGAAGCACGUGUGAGAAUAGUCGAACCUCAUGUCAGCCCAGAUUGCAAGAGACUAGGCAAAUACUCGUCAGUGCAACAUAAAUUAAAUCGAUUUGAGUCCGCACGAGAUUCAAAACUAAACCAAAGUCAAAAUAUUACAAUAAUUGCCGUACUGCCCGGCCCCCCACCCCCCACACACACACGCACAACCCGCAGGGACGAUUGUGUUUGUUUGUGUGCGCUCUGGCGACAUCUGUUUGCGGGAGUGUGUGUAUGAAUCCAAUUUCCGCCGUACCCGGCUUUCAGCAGCGUUUAUCCGCCGUGCCGUGGCGGCCCCGAUUUUAAUUGCGCCGCCAUCCCCAUCGGAAUUCUUCCUUGAAGUUCAGGGCCGGAACGGGAAGGCCCACUGCCUGCAAACGGAAAAUAAAUCAGUGAAUGGCUAAAGCAUGGCGGGCCAGGACUUUGCAGGACUCGCUGGCUGCUCCGCAUUGGCUUUUGUUUUGUACCUAAACACAUUCAACGCUGGAUUUGUCUACGAUGACAGGCGUGCCAUCUUGGCCAACGGAGACGUGACAGGAGCGCGAACAUUGGCGGGGAUUUGGAAGAACGAUUAUUGGGGCACUCCGCUGGCGGACAGCGGCUCCCACGGCUCCUGGCGCCCGUUGUGCGUGCUGAGCUUCCGUCUGAACUUCCUGGCGGGUGGCCUGGCGGCCACUGGCUACCACGUGAUCAACGUGCUGCUCCACUGCCUGGCAACAUGGCUGCUGGUGCUGGUGGGGCGUACCCUGCUCCCCACCCGGGCCGGAGUCCUGGCCGCUGGCGCACUCUUCGCCGCCCAUCCCGCGCACACGGAGGCUGUGGCCGGCCUGGUCGGGCGUGCCGAUCUGGCGGCCUGUGUCUGCUAUCUGCUCACGUACCUGACCUAUCAGCGGCACAUGCGGAGCCGGGAGUGGAGCUCCCUGGCCCUCACCCUCCUGCUCGCUCUGGCCGCGCUGCUCUGCAAGGAGACGGCCAUCACGGCCGUCCUGCUCUGCGGACUCUGCGACGUGCUACGGGGCCUGGAACAGUCCGAUAAGUAUCGCCUUCGUUCGCUGUGCAUUCUGAGCGUCUUCCUGUUCUGCGCCCUGUACUGCCGCCUGAGCCUGCUGCCCCGCCCUGCCACGCCUUUUGCGGCCGCAGACAACCCGACGGCCCACGAGGCGUGCUGGUGGACGCGGACUCUGACAUUCCUGUACCUGCCAGCGGCGAACUUCCGGCUGCUGCUGUGGCCGCAGGUCCUCAGCUUCGACUGGGGCAUGGAGGCCGUGCCGCGCAUCAGGACGCUGUGGGAGGCGCGGAACCUGCUAAGCGCCGGGUUUUACGGAUCUCUGCUGGCCGUGGCCUGGCGGGGCGCCCGUUUGCGCUCGUGCUCCCCCGUGGACUAUGCGGCUGUGGCAAGCAUUUCGCUGCCGCUGCUGCGGCGCAUUGGAAGCAACAGCUGCCACACCUGGCUGGGCCUGGCCUGCAACUGCCACCAUCAACUGAAGGAGGAGCCCCGAUCCGUGGAACGUCAGCACUCGACUGGAGGCACUGCAUCCAGCGGCUCCUCGUCGUCGGUUCCCCUGAUGGGUGUUGCCUUCCUGGUGCUGCCGUUCCUGCCCGCCAGCAAUUUGCUCUUCCACGUGGGAUUCGUGCUGGCCGAGCGCGUUCUGUACCUUCCGAGCGUGGGCUACUGCCUCCUCUUCGGCUACGGCUUCGGCAAGCUCUGGCAGCGCUCCAAGGGCUCCAGGAUGCUGCUCCUCUGCUGCCUGGGCGUGCUGCUGGGCGCCUUCAGCCUCCGCACCGUGCGCCGCAACCUCGACUGGCGGGACGAGGAGCAGCUCUACCGCAGCGCCAUUCCCGUGAAUCCGCCCAAGGCUCUGGCCAAUCUGGGCAGCGUCCUGAGUGCCCACGGACGCUACGAGGAGGCGAAAGUGGCUCUGACGGCGGCCAUCGCACACCGGCCCCACAUGGCGGAUGCGCACUUUAAUCUGGGCGUGGUGCAUCAGAAGCAGCUGAACUUCAGUUCCGCUGUCUCCAGCUACCGGCGGGCCAUCGGCCUGCGUCCCCAGCUGGCCGUGGCAUUCCUGAACCUGGGCACAUCCCUGCUGUCCCUGGACAGCCAGCACGGGGAAGCCGACUCAGUAUUCCGGUCUGGAGCGCGUCUGCAGGGGCAUGGAGUACGAGAUCGCGUGGCCCACGAGGAGGCGCGCUAUGCCUGCUACCUGCAACUGGGCUCCCUGUACCGCUCUAGGAACAGGCUGCAAGAGGCAGCGGCCGUGCUGACAGAAGCCUUGGAAGCCCUCUUCCGGCCACGACAGGAGCAACGAGCUACGCUGCACUUUCGCUUGGGCGAGAUCUAUGCGGAGAUGCAGCAGUGGGAGGAGGCGGAGCGGCAGCAGCGAUUGGCCAUGCAGCUGCAGCCCCAGCACGGAGCUGCCUAUGUGACCUUUGGCCAGACACUGGCCAGGAAUAGCAGUCGCCAUGCUGAGGCGGAGCUCUGGUUCAAGCGGGCCCUCCAGACAGCCCCCCUGGAGCCCAGCUCCCACCAUUACUAUGCUGAUUUCCUGGAGCAGCAAGAUCGCUACCAGGAGGCACUCGGCCUCCGCCUGAGGGCCGCCGCCUUGGCGCCCAAGGACUACGCCCUGCACUCGGCCGUGGCAGAUGCCCUGCGUCUGCUGAACCGCCUGGUCGAGGCGGAGCUGUGGUAUCGCAAGGCGGUGGCCCUCCAGCCGCUGGCGGCCCACGCCCACGCCAACCUGGGCGCCAUUCUGCAGAUGCGGGGCAUCAGGCAGGAGGCCGUCGAUAGCUACCGCAGGGCCCUGCAACUGCAGCCAGGACACGCCACCAGUCGGGCCAAUCUGGCGCGUAUGAAGGCGGCCCUGGACACCAACACGUAGCAGAGGCAGAGCUUUACUUGGUGGGACUGAGGGCAAAUAAAUGUAGAUAGCAAUUGAAGGAACUGAACUCGAGAUUAAUUGAGGGACAGCUGGAAGUCCCAUAUAUUUUUGAAAUAAAGAAAUAUUC